CCGCCUGGAGGGCGCGAGACUAGGGUAGUGCGCACGCGCAGGCCGCGCCAGGCCGUUAGAAGGCGCGGCCCAGAGGGGCGGCGGGCGGGAGUCAGCCAGCCUGGGGCGUGGGCUGACGCGACAAUAGACCUCUGCGAUCCUAGAGCCCCCCGCCGGCCCCCGACUCCAUUCUCCAAGCUGUGGGCUGUUCCCGGCCCUCUCAGUUCCGCGCUGCCCCUUAAAAGCUGGGGCCCAGGCACAGGAACGACAGGCGUUGCAGCCAAUGGCGUCCCGCACGGUAAACCUGCUACCCAAUCAAAAGGCGCGGCUGCGAGGGAACGGCGUGGAACCACGCCCGGCUCCAGCCCUCCUCCAUGUCUCCGGACCUGCAGGGAGACAGCUCGUUACUGGUGGAGAUCUCUGAUGCCGUCAGCGAGCGGGACAAGGUGAAAUUCACUGUUCAAACCAAGAGCUGCGUCCCUCACUUCGCCCAGACCGAGUUCUCAGUUGUGCGACAUCAUGAGGAGUUCAUCUGGCUACACAACGCCUACGUGGAAAACGAGGAGUACGCCGGUCUCAUUAUCCCCCCAGCCCCUCCAAGGCCAGACUUCGAGGCUUCAAGGGAAAAACUGCAGAAGUUGGGUGAGGGAGACAGCUCUAUCACGCGGGAAGAGUUUGCCAAAAUGAAGGAGGAGCUGGAAGCGGAGUAUCUGGCCAUCUUUAAGAAGACAGUUGCGAUGCAUGAAGUCUUUCUGCAGCGCCUGGCGGCCCACCCCACCCUGCGUCGAGACCACAACUUCUUUGUCUUUUUGGAAUAUGGCCAGGAUCUGAGUGUCCGAGGAAAGAACAGGAAGGAGCUCCUUGGGGGGUUUCUGAGGAAUAUUGUGAAGUCUGCAGAUGAAGCCCUCAUCACUGGCAUGUCAGGGCUCAAGGAGGUGGAUGACUUCUUCGAGCAUGAGAGGACCUUCCUGCUGGAGUACCACACCCGCAUCCGGGACGCCUGCCUUCGGGCAGACAGAGUCAUGCACUCUCACAAGUGCCUGGCAGAUGAUUAUAUCCCUAUCUCAGCUGCACUGAGCAGUCUGGGAACACAAGAAGUCAACCAGCUAAAGACGAGCUUCCUCAAAUUGGCAGAGCUCUUUGAACGACUAAGGAAACUGGAGGGCCGAGUGGCUUCUGACGAGGACCUGAAGCUGUCGGACAUGCUGAGGUACUACUUGCGCGACUCACAGGCAGCCAAGGUGAGAGGUGGCCCCAGAGCAGACCUCAGGGCUGGAGCCACCAGGGAGGGCGGGCAGGUAGGCAAGGGCCGUGGGCCAGGGAUCCUGUGCCCCUGCCGGUCCCAGGACCUGCUGUACCGGCGGCUGCGGGCGCUGGCAGACUAUGAGAACGCCAACAAGGCACUGGACAAGGCGCGCACCAGGAACCGGGAGGUGAGGACCGCCGAGAGCCACCAGCAGCUGUGCUGCCAGCGCUUUGAACGCCUCUCCGACUCAGCCAAGCAGGGUAAGCCCCACGGCCCUGGAGCCCCUGCCACUGCACUGCUGACUCUGCCGGGGUCCCCAUUCCUCUCUUCUCCAGAGCUCAUGGACUUCAGAUCCCGCCGCGUCUCCUCCUUCCGCAAGAACCUCAUCGAGCUGGCGGAGCUGGAGCUCAAACACGCUAAGGUGAGCCCUCCAGCCUCACCGAGCCUUCUUGCUGCUUUCCUGGCCUCCCACCGCUGGGCCUCUAGGCCCUUAUCAAGUGUCUUGGCGCAUGGGGGGUGCGGUGGAGCUCGGGGGGGGAGGUCAGGCUGCCAGGAGCAGCCCCAGCUGUUCAAGACCACAGUUCCCCAUUUUGGAUCAGGACCAUUCCCUUCUGUCAUUGGUAGUGAGGCCUCAAUAAAUGGUAGCUGUUAUUGCUGAGGACAGGGGUGGGGACGGAGGGGCUACCCAAGGUGAGGUAACAGAGGGGGUAGCAGCAGAUGGGAGCCAUCAAGAACCUCUCCUCUGCAGGCCAGCACCCUGCUUCUCCGGAACACCCUUGUCAUCCUCAAGGGGGAACCUUAGAGCCACCAGAGUUCCCCCCGACCUCCCACCCCAGCAAGAUGCCUCCUUCCCCACCCCAGGAGCCACUCACCAUGCCCCGUGACUUCUCGGGGCAAGGCCUACCCCUACCCCAAGGUGCCAGGCCCUGCAAGAUAGGGCAGCAUGGGCACCACACUUGGCCACAGGUAAGCAGAGCCCUAACCUGGGGAAACUCAGGGGCCCUGACCUCCCUCCCCAGAGGCUAUGGGGCAGCCUCAACCCACCUCUGGCCCCUGAGUUCAUUUGUCUCCAGCUUGUUCACAAAUAAAAAGCCUGGUUCUGUAGCAAGGAGGCUUGCUUGUCCUGACUUCCCAGUUGGAGGGCCCACCAAGCACAUCCGCUAUCGGGGUACCAUGGUAG